AUGCUGCUCAACAAGUUCUGGAAUAGCAUUUCGGCUAUGAGCUACAGUGCUGACUCCUUGCAGUCGAGUCCCGAUGAUGCAUAUCUAAGCUUAACUAACGAGGACGUACAUACCCUUAAGACGGAUUGGCUGACAGAUAAUGUUAUUGCGUUCUGGGAAGAGUAUCUUGAACGUGAAUUCCUCAUAAACUAUCAAUCUGCCAACAUUGUCCUGCUCCGUCCAAGCAUGUCUUUUAUGCUGCUUCAGACCCCAGAUCCCCGUACGCUCCGCGAAGCACUACCCGACUUCACAAAGACCAGUCACGUCUUCCUCCCGAUCAACGACUGCCGCAAUGUCAACGAGGCCGAAGGCGGCACUCACUGGUCUCUCCUGCUCGUAUCCGUCGUUGAUGGCGUUGCCUUCCACUAUGACUCACUCCCGCCUGGAAACUGCGAGGAAGCACUACAAGCCACGCUGAAGCUGUCUCACCUCCUAAACAGGCAGCUAUGCUACAUCAACCUCGACGACUCGCCGGUCCAGGAGAACAGCAGUGACUGCGGCGUCUUCGUAUGCCUGCACAUGCGCCAGCUGCUCCUGAAACGGCUGUUGAUGGCCAACUCGUCGGAAAAAAUCAGCAUGAGCCUCGGAGGCACCAGAGUGAAUGCGAGCAACGGGCGCAAGGAGAUAGUGCGCAUCAUCGAGCGGCUCAGGAAGAAGGGAGAACGGCGAAGAUCGUUAAGCGUAAAUACCAAUAUAAACUCUGACGAUUCUAUUUUUUAG